CUCGAAAUCGGAGGUCUCAAGGUUGGCAAGUAUGCUUGUCCCAGGACCUAUUUCGGACAUUUUCUGGAAAAUGUGACGUAAUGUAAGGGCGGGGACAAGUGACGUAAUGUAAGGGCUGGAUAAGUGACGUAGGCAGAAAGUCUUCCGUAGGCGAGACUGUCUCAAUUCAUGUCGUCCAGCCGCUGCUGGAGGACUCUCGCCAGGGCCCACACUUCGUCGACAGCGUGGCCUGGGGCCUUGGAAGGAUGCAUCCUCAGAAUUGGGACACGUCGAUAGAGCUAAUUGCUUGUUUUCUCUCUCGAGAUCUGACAACUAAACAGGACGAGGAGGGGAAAAAACAAGAUGGCGUCCCAACCGCCAUUGAACUAAACUACCAAGGAAGAAGUCAAGAUGGCGUUUAGUGUUGAAAUAGUUUUGUGUUCCUCGUCAGUACGUGCAUGUACACACAUAUGCUGUGUGAUAGAGUAAACGUCGUUAAUAAUUGUUUGUAUUCGGAUACAUUAGUCCGAGUGCACUUUGAAGCUCCGAGUGCUAGCUUAGCUUGCUAGUUAGCUUAGCUUGUUAGCUGCUAACAAAGACGCGAACGUUGUUGACACAUCGCUAAGUAGAGAUAAAGUGUGAGUGUAAAGUGUUGUGAUUGUGUGGAAAUGUGCGAAAGGACGACAGCAGACCACGCGGGGAGACUUUCUCCAACAAAAGCGGAGAACGAGCGACAACUACUGGACGCUGUUGUCAAGAAACAUGAAGUUGUGUUACACAGAACAGACGUCCAGCAGCCCCCCCACAUUAAGGAGGAAGAGAAGGAUCCACAGCACCCCCACAUUAAAGAUGAAGAGGAGGAAUGUUGGAUCACUCAGGAGGAGGAUGAUCUCACCGAGUUUCCACUGACUGUUGUCUCUGUGAAGACUGAAGAGCAUGAAGACAAACCACCUGAGUCCUCACAGCUUCAUCACAGUCCAAACAUGUGUGAAGAACAUCUCCCUGAGCAAAAGGAGGGGAGCUUCAGGAUGCAGCUGGAAGAACCACCGUCCUCCCACAUUAAAAAGAAAGAUGAGACGCCGCAGAGCCCUCUCAUUAAAAAGGAUAAAGAUGACAAACUGACCCAUUACAUUAAAGAGGAAGAGGAGGCGCCACAGUCCCCCCACAUUAAAAAGGAAGAGGAGGAAUACAGCAUCAGUCAGUUGGAGGAGUUCCCAGUGAUUGUGAAGAGUGAAGAUGAUGAGGUUAAAGGUGAAAGUGAGGAGAAGAGAGAGGCGGAGCCUCCAAGCAGCAGCUCAACACAACACAUGACAACAGAAGCUGAUGGAGACCACUGUGGAGGAUCACAAGCAGACAAGCUCUUAGCUCCACUAUCAGAUAGUGAGGACACAACGUCACACUCUCCUGACACUGAUGACAGAAAGUCUAAAGUUGAUACGACAUGUCACACUGACAGCAAACGAUUCAAAUGUUCUCACUGUGAGAAAACGUGUAAUCGCCGCGAUCAUCUGAAAUUACACAUGAGAAUACACACUGGAGAAAAACCAUAUAUGUGCUCAGUUUGUAGUAAAAGAUUCUCUCGGAAAGAAGAUUUGAUAAAACACACAAGAACACAUACUGGUGAAAAACCUUUUUCCUGCUCGGUAUGUGGUAAAUGUUUUCCCCAAAGAAACUGUUUGAAAGACCACAUGUAUUUGCACACUGGAGAAAAACCUUUUUCCUGUCCAAUAUGUGGUAAAGAUUUUGUACAAAGACAGUCUGUAAAAAUACACAUGAGAACACACACUGGAGAAAAACCUUUUUCUUGUUCGAUAUGUGGAAAAAGUUUUUCAGUAAGUGGGUCUUUGAAAGUACACAUGAAAUUACAUACUGGAGAAAAACCUUUUACCUGCCAAAGCUGCAACAAAAGCUUUACUGAAAGUUCAAAAUUUGUCGUACACCAGAGAACGCACACUGGUGAAAAACCAUAUUCUUGUUCAAGCUGCAACAAAAGUUUUUCUGACCGAUCAGCAUUUGUAGUGCACAAGAGAACACACACUGGCGAAAAACCAUAUUCCUGUCCAAAAUGCAACAAAAGCUUUAAUCAACGAUCCGCAUUUGUAAGCCACAAGAGAAUACACACUGGUGAAAAACCAUAUUCCUGUUCAAGCUGCACCAAACGCUUUAUUGACCGAUCAGCAUGUGUGAAACACAUGAGAUCACACACUGGUGAAAAGCCAUAUUUGUGUUCAGGCUGCAACAAAAGCUUUUGUACCCGAUCAUCACUUGUAAAACACAUGAAAAUACACACACGAGAGAAAAUGUUUAGUUGCAACGUGUGUCGUGAAAGAUUCUCUUAUCAGUACGAGUGUAACAAACACAAGUGUGCUGGCGAGAACAGCAGCAGUAAAUGAUGCGGCAGGAUCUGAAAUAAACUGUCAAAAUUAAUUUAAUUUUGACUUUGCAACAUCAUCAGUACACGUGGGCUCUGUACCGAGGAUGUCGUUGUGGCUUGUGCAGCCCUUUGAGACACUUGUGAUUUAGGGCUAUAUAAAUAAACAUUGAUUGAUUGACAUAACUCGUGUAGCAUAAUUGUGUUACACAAUCUUGUUCAAAUGUUUCUACAUUCAUAAAUUAUAUAUUUUAAAUUAGUAUAUUUUUUCAGUCAAAUACAUGCAUUAAUAUGCAACAUUAUGUACUUCUAUUAAAAAAUGUAU